CUGAUUUACAUGUAAAUCGUUGUAACUAGAUAAAUUGUAUCCACAUAAGGAAAGUGGUCAUUCUUUUUGUCACAGACUAAAAAAGAAAUAGGUUCACAUAAAUUGAAACAGAGGGAGUAUUAAUUUACCCAUCGGUCUUUGUAAAUGUUAUUAAAUUAACGCAUAUUUUUUUCUCAAUCAUAGCUUACCUAGUCAAGAAGUUACUUGAAGGCAAUCACAAAGACGAACUGAAACAACAAAAGCUUAGUUAUAAGCAAAGCAAGGACUGCCGCUUAAAUUGUCUUAUUCUUGCCCAUUUCUAUAGGCAUAUGAUAUACUGAUAUAGUGACAAUCUUGAUGCUAGUAACAAUCUAUUUUAGCUGAGCCGGCAUAACAGAAUCCUAUGUACUUGUCAUUUUCUUCAUUUUGAUGUUGUGUAGCCGCCACAUUAAUCUAAUGAGAAUUUGCAAAAGAAACAGUGAACUAAUACUUAUCAGUUAUCAGUAUAUGAGGACCUAAAAAUGGUUGAGUCAUAUAAGCCUUUCUGAGAGUAUUUCCCAUCACAUUCUUCUACACUUAAUUCUCACCCUCUCUUAAUAUUGUGCAAAGCCAAAAGUUACCUACAAGAUGGAAGUUAAAAACAUGUAUGUAGCAAUAAAAUCCAACAUAAAUGGUGCACCAGAAGAAUCAGACUUUGAGAUAAAAGUUGAAAACCUCUCCCUUAUAGUUGAGCCUGAGUCCAAGGAGGUUAUUGUCAAGAAUCUGUAUGUAUCAAUUGAUCCAUAUCAAAUAAACCGGAUGAAGAGCCAAAGUUCGUCGCAAGCAGCAAUCAGUUUUGCAGCAGCCAUUAUUCCCGGGGAUGCCAUUGACACUUAUGGUGUGGGAAGAGUGUUAGUUUCUCAUCAGCCCGAGUUCAAGAAAGAUGACUUGGUUGCAGGGCUUCUUACCUGGGGAGAGUACACUAGAGUAAAAGAGGGUUCGCUAUUGAAUAAGCUUGAUCCUCUGGGGUUUCCUUUAUCCUACCAUGUUGGAGUUUUUGGAUUCAGUGGACUUGCAGCCUAUGGUGGAUUUUUCGAUGUUUGUAAGCCGAAACCAGGGGAGAAAGUUUUCGUGUCUGCUGCUUCUGGUUCAAUAGGAAAUUUAGUUGGACAGUAUGCUAAAUUACUUGGAUGUUAUGUUGUUGGCUCUGCUGGUAGUCAAGAAAAGGUAAAGUUGCUCAAAGAAACACUAGGUUUCGACGAUGCAUUCAAUUAUAAACAAGAAACUGACCUUAAGUCUGCUCUGAAGAGGUGUUUCCCUCAAGGGAUUGAUGUCUACUUCGACAACGUGGGAGGCAAGAUGCUAGAAGCAGCAGUGGCAAACAUGAACUCAUUCGGGAGAGUAGCCAUCUGUGGGGUUAUUUCUGAGUACACGAAUGCUAGCACACGAGCUGCACCCGAGAUGUUGGAUAUAGUAUACAAGAGGAUUACCAUCCAAGGAUUCUUAGCAGCUGAUCUUAUGAAAGUGUAUGCAGAUUUCCUGUCGAAAACUGUUGAGUACUUACAAGCUGGAAAACUUAAGGCCAUUGAGGAUGUUUCACAAGGUGUUGAAAGCAUUCCCUCUGCUUUUAUUGGGCUAUUCUGUGGUGAUAAUAUAGGCAAAAAGAUUGUCAAAAUUGCAGAUGAGUAAGAAAAAAGAGUUAAUUAAAUGGCCUAUUUAUUUAUGAAUUAGCCAGUUCAAGGAGGGGACUGAAUGAAGGUGGAAAAAAAGAGUCAAGAACUUACUUCCAUUUAAUUAGGGAAUGAUAUCUUAUCGGUGCUACCCAUACUGUAGGAAUACACUGGGCAUGUUGUCGUUGUAUAUCUUGUCGUUGCUUCUUUCAAGUUGUAAUCCAUUUGAACAUUCAUCUUCCAUUUAAUGCACUCAAAUUGUUGUUGAUUUUCUUUUUCA